AUGGCCAUCACCCACCCUCAUCCCAAUCCCCCAAACAUCACCAAUUCCCACUUGUCCCCGUCCUCGUCCUCAAAACCCAUCCACAGCCACAACAACAACAAAACCAUCACACUCCUCCCCGUCACCAAAGCCGAUCUCCCGCGCAUAGCCCUCCUCGAACAUCUCGCUUUCGAAGAAGAUGAAUUCAGCGAUUUGGCUUUUGGGAAAGAGAGAGGAAGUUCUGAGGCGCUGAAGAUGCGGGAGAGACAGUUUGAGAAGUUUUUGGAUAGAGCAGAGAGGGGGGGAGAGGAAGAGGAAGGGGGUUGGUAUUGUAAGGCUGUUUUGGGAGGGGAGAUUGUGGGGAUUGCGGGGUGGAGUUUGGGGGGUGGGGAGAAGGAGGGUUCGCUGAUGAGGACGGAAAAGGUGCAGGAGGAAACGAGGAUCAAGACGAAAGAGGAGUUGGAGGAGAUUUGGGGGAGGGGGAGUAAUGUUGAAUUGUGUGAGGAUGUUUUUGUGAGAGGGGAUGAGUAUAUGUUUAAGGCUUGUGGGGGAGAAAAGUGGUUGAAACUCAACAUCCUCGUCAUCCACCCCUCUCACCAACGUCGUGGAAUCGGCACCCUCCUCCUCGAACAAGGACUUAAAUUCGCGGAUGAGAAAUCCCUGCAGGUAGUACUUGGUGCUAGUCCUUGGGGCAUUGGUCUCUAUCGCAAAUAUGGGUUUGUGGAUGUGCAUUGUAUGGAUGUUCGGUUGGAUAGGUAUGAAGGGGGUGAGGGGAUGGGGAGCACAAGACAUGUGAUUAUGAGACGGCCGCCGAGAGGGGGAAUAUAG